GCUCCCUUCUCGAACGAUGGCUGCAAAUCGACUGCCAGCACGGUCAAGAUGACAGCCAUCAGCCUUCGUCACGGAUCUGCCUUUUUGUUGCAUCGUCACGCAACACAGAGCGUCGCCCAGCGCAGCAGUGUGAGGAUUCAUCGUCGCGGCUUCGUUGAAGGCCUGCUGAAGAGAUGGACCACGUACAGGGUGCCCAUCAUGGUGCCCAAGGAGGCCCUCUUCUGCCGCGUCUACCACUGGCACGUCAAGCUCAACGACCAAGUCAAACGGGUGGGCAGAAUGACGGACAUGUGAGAGGUUGUUUGCAGUGCACUGCACUGCUGCUGUGUUGGUCUUUCUGUCUGUCUGUUUGCUUGUUGUUCAGGGCUCGCUGCUGAUUGAUGCAGACACGGUUCAAGGUCUGCUUGGGAUCUCCUCUGCGCACCACGGGAAGGUUGUUGACAUAUGCUGCAAGAAGGACGACAUGCUCAAGGGGGGCGAUGUCAUCUGCCGCAUCGACGUCCCCUUCAUCGACUACUGGAGGUACCUCAGUGAGUGGGAGUAUUGAGGCCGUCAUCAUCGUGGUUGGUGAGGCAUCUGUGCUUGCUGCCUUUGUGUGUGUGUGCGCGCGUGUGUGUGUGUGUGUGUGUAUCAGGGCUGUUGCUGAGGACGGUACCAAUCCCAGUCGGCAGCCAUAUCUACAGAACAAGGAGAAGAAGAAGUAGACGGGCCAAGGGUCGGUGGGGCACUCACCGCUUGGGCAGACGAGCAAGGCCUUUUCCAGUGUGGUUGACUGUCUUUUGUUUAUGUGUGAGGGUAGGGUAGGGUAGCCCCCCGCCCAUGCAUGUGGAUUGAUUGGCUAUUGAUUGACACAUACGGGUCCAUCCAUCCAUGGUGAAUGAAGGGAUGUUUGAAGCUACGUAUGUACGCCUAUGAUACGGUUGUCGC